GUUAACUUUCCUGUCUUCAUUUCUUAACAUCUGACUCUAAUCAUCGUUCAUCCAAACUGCUUGUCAUCGAUCCAUUUACCUCAUCUUCUGUACCCACUUCUGUGCACCUUUGCCCGUCAACUCUCAUUAUGGCCCACUUCACAAAUAAGAUCGUCGUAGGUGUGGAUGUUGGUAUAACGUUCACUGGCGUCGUUGUAGCCCAUAUGAUACCGAACGAAGAGCCCGAAUUUCAGGUCAUCGAGGAUUGGCCUGGAAGAAAAGCCUUAAAAGUGCCGACAAACAUAAGCUACCCGGGAAGGGAGCCUCGGUGGGGCUGGUGUGCCUACACCUAUCCCCCAACUUACGCAUGGUUUAAGCUUUUAUUAGACCCUAGAGGCCGCCCUACUGGGCCCCUGCCCGAGUCGUUUGCAAGCUUGACAUAUCAACAUCUGCUACAGGAAGCGCCGGGCAAGACCGCCGUGGACAUGGUCGGAGAUUUUCUCGGACGGAUACGUCAGUUCAUCCAAGACUAUUUGACAUCUCUUUGUCUUCUUACCGACAAGACGCUUGUACAAUUCCGUUUCUCUACGCCCGUAGCCUGGGAAGAGGAAGCUCAAAUGGCCAUGCGGACGGCCAUUUCACAAGCCGGAUUCCACACUAUAGGUCUGGAGAACGUUUUUCUCAGUUCUGAAUCGGAUGCGUCGGCCCGCUAUGUGUUAGAGCAGAAAAGCGAUAUGAUCCAGGUCGGCGAAAUAUUUUGCAUCUGCGACAUAGGCGGAUGCACCAUUGAUUCAGCCUGUUACCGGGUGGUGUCAAAAACUCCAGCUUGGGUGCUGGAACCCUUGAGUAAAUCCUCUGGUCACAUCGGUGGUGCAAUUCAGGUCGAUGUGCUCUUUCUUGCGAAGAUGUGUGUAAGAUUUCCGGAGGUGUUCGCCGAAGAAUUCGAUAGUAAUGGUGAAAAUUUUGAUGGCACUGGGGGAAUCCGUAGGCUGGUUUUUACCAUGAAUGUGGCUUCACUCCCUGAUGACGCUCACUGCCAUUAUGACGCUCAGACUGGAGAGGUCCUACUUUCUGUCGGCGAUAUGGAGGGUUUCUUUGAGCCGACCAUUAAGAGUUCUAUCCAGAUGAUGGGCGAUCAACUCAACGAGGUCUCCCACUUGUUUAUCACUGGAGGGUUCGCUGCCUCUCCUUAUGCUCAGAGCGUGUUCAAGGUCUUCUUUGAGCAGCGAAAGGUGCAGCUAACCGUCCCGGACAACCCUGCCAUUGCGACGGCCUACGGGUCGGCCCUUCUAGGUGUUUUCGAUGUGUCAUAUACCAUGGUGAAUUGCGCCCGCACUUACGGAAUUCACCAUGACGACUUCAUGCCAUUCCUCAAAAAGGCAGGCCGGGAGCGACCCAUAAAAGAGCGAUUGGACCUGAUGCACAGCAAAGAAAAGGCGCCGAUCACCUGGAUACUCAAGAAGAAUAACCAGUACCAGGCGGUUGAGAAGUACACCUGGGGAUUCGAGCUUCUGCAUCAGCACAACAUGCCGUUGAUCAAACCGAUUGCUAUCUACUCAGUCGACGACCCCAGCCCACGCUCGAAGCCCGAAUUGCUCAACCCGGUUCAUUCAAGUCUACUCGACUAUGUUCAACUCGAUCUGUCUCAGGUUGACUUAACCCACCACCCUCACAUAAAUGACAAUGAGGGGCACACAUUCUUCCAAAUCCUUAUUAAUGUACAGGCCACCCUCUGUCUCAAGAAAGGGGAGUUGAGCUUCCAAUGUUUAGUAGGCGAAAUCAAUUGUGGCAGUUGCAAGGUCUAUACAGUUUGGGCAUAA